CCCGUGUUAGUGAUGGAGGAGAGAAGAUGGCGGAAGCGGAGUUUAAGGACCACAGUACAGCUAUGGAUAGUGAACCAAAUCCUGGAACAUCUUCGGUGUCGACAACUACCAGUAGCACCACCACCACCACCAUCACCACUUCCUCCUCUCGAAUGCAGCAACCACAGAUCUCUGUCUAUAGUGGCUCAGACCGACAUGCUGUACAGGUAAUUCAGCAGGCAUUGCAUCGCCCUCCCAGCUCAGCUGCUCAGUACCUUCAGCAAAUGUACGCCGCCCAGCAGCAGCACUUAAUGCUGCACACAGCAGCUCUCCAGCAGCAGCACUUAAGCAGCUCCCAGCUUCAGAGCCUUGCUGCUGUUCAGGCAAGUUUGUCCAGUGGAAGACCACCUACAUCCCCCACAGGAAGUGUCACACAACAGUCAAGUAUGUCCCAGACAUCUAUCAACCUCUCUACUUCUCCUACACCUGCACAGUUAAUAAGCCGUUCCCAGGCUUCCAGUUCUACCAGUGGCAGUAUUACCCAACAGACUAUGUUACUAGGGAGUACCUCCCCUACCCUAACGGCAAGCCAAGCUCAAAUGUAUCUCCGAGCUCAAAUGCUGAUUUUCACACCCGCUACCACUGUGGCUGCUGUACAGUCUGACAUUCCUGUUGUCUCGUCGUCAUCGUCAUCUUCCUGUCAGUCUGCAGCUACUCAGGUUCAGAAUUUAACGUUACGCAGCCAGAAGUUGGGUGUAUUAUCUAGCUCACAGAAUGGUCCACCAAAAAGCACUAGUCAAACUCAGUCAUUGACAAUUUGUCAUAACAAAACAACAGUGACCAGUUCUAAAAUCAGCCAACGAGAUCCUUCUCCAGAAAGUAAUAAGAAAGGAGAAAGUCCAAGUCUGGAAUCACGAAGCACAGCUGUCACCCGGACGUCAAGUAUUCACCAGUUAAUAGCACCAGCUUCAUAUCCUCCAAUUCAGCCUCAUCCUCUAAUAAAACAUCAGCAGAUUCCUCUUCAUUCACCACCUCCCAAAGUUUCCCAUCAUCAGCUGAUACUACAGCAGCAGCAACAGCAAAUUCAGCCAAUCACACUUCAGAAUCCAACUCAAGACCCACCCCCAUCUCAGCACUGUAUACCACUCCAAAACCAUGGCCUUCCUCCAGCUCCCAGCAGUGCCCAGUCACAGCACUGCUCACCAAUUCAGAGUCAUCCCCCUCCCUUAACAAUGUCUCCCAGCCAGUCACAGUCAGCACAGCAGUCUGUAGUGGUGUCUCCCCCACCACCCCAUUCACCAAGUCAGUCUCCUACUAUAAUUAUUCACCCACAAGCACUUAUUCAGCCACAUCCUCUUGUGUCAUCAGCUCUCCAGCCAGGGUCAAACUUGCAGCAGCCACCUGCUAAUCAGGUGCAACCUACAGCACAGCUGAAUCUUCCGUCCCAUCUUCCACUUCCAGCUUCCCCUGUUGUACACAUUGGCCCAGUUCAGCAGUCUGCCUUGGUGUCCCCAGGUCAGCAGAUUGUUUCUCCAACAUCACACCAGCAGUAUUCAACCCUGCAGUCUUCUCCAAUCCCGAUUGCAACCCCUCCACAGAUGUCGACAUCUCCUCCUGCUCAGAUUCCAUCACUGCCCUUGCAGUCUAUGCAGUCUUUACAAGUGCAGCCUGAAAUUCUAUCCCAGGGCCAGGUUUUGGUGCAGAAUGCUUUGGUGUCAGAAGAGGAGCUUCCAGCUGCAGAAGCUUUGGUCCAGUUGCCAUUUCAGACUCUUCCUCCUCCACAGACUGUUGCGGUAAACCUACAAGUACAACCACCAGCACCUGUUGAUCCACCAGUGGGAAUGCAUUUGAACCAGUGUCAUCUGCACAAAGUUUUUUCUCUUAAGGUUUAUCAAGUAGAAGAUGUAUGUGAAGAAGAAAUGCCAGAAGAAUCAGAUGAAUGUGUACGGAUGGACAGAACCCCACCACCACCCACGUUGUCUCCAGCAGCUAUAACUGUGGGGAGAGGAGAAGAUUUGACUUCUGAGCAUCCUUUGUUAGAGCAAGUUGAAUUACCUGCUGUGGCAUCAGUCAGUGCUUCAGUGAUUAAAUCUCCAUCAGAUCCUUCACAUGUUUCUGUUCCUCCACCUCCGCUUUUACUUCCAGCUGCCACUACAAGGAAUAAUAGUACAUCUAUGCCCAGUAGCAUACCCAAUGUAGAAAACAAACCUCCACAGGCUAUUGUUAAACCACAGAUCUUGACCCAUGUUAUUGAAGGUUUUGUGAUUCAGGAAGGAUUGGAGCCAUUUCCUGUGAGUCGUUCAUCUUUGCUGAUUGAACAACCUGUGAAAAAAAGGCCUAUUUUGGAUAAUCAGGUGAUAAAUUCUGUGUGUGUUCAGCCGGAGCUACAGAAUAAUGCAAAGCAUGCAGAUAAUUCGUCUGACACAGAGAUGGAAGACAUGAUUGCUGAAGAGACAUUAGAAGAAAUGGACAGUGAGUUGCUCAAGUGUGAAUUCUGUGGGAAGAUGGGAUAUGCUAAUGAAUUUCUGCGGUCAAAACGAUUCUGCACUAUGUCAUGUGCCAAGAGGUACAAUGUUAGCUGUUCUAAAAAAUUUGCACUUAGUCGUUGGAAUCGUAAGCCUGAUAAUCAAAGUCUUGGGCAUCGUGGUCGUCGUCCAAGUGGCCCUGAUGGGGCAGCAAGAGACCAUAUCCUUAGGCAGCUUCCAAUUACUUAUCCAUCUGCAGAAGAAGACUUGGCUUCUCAUGAAGAUUCUGUGCCAUCUGCUAUGACAACACGCCUGCGCAGGCAAAGUGAGCGGGAAAGAGAACGUGAGCUUCGUGACGUGAGAAUGAGAAAAAUGCCCGAGAACAGUGACUUGCUACCAGUUGCACAAACAGAGCCAUCUAUAUGGACAGUUGAUGACGUCUGGGCCUUCAUCCAUUCUUUGCCUGGCUGCCAGGAUAUUGCAGAUGAGUUCAGAGCACAAGAGAUCGAUGGACAGGCUCUUCUCUUGCUAAAAGAAGACCAUCUUAUGAGUGCAAUGAAUAUCAAGCUAGGCCCGGCCCUAAAGAUCUGUGCACGCAUCAACUCUCUGAAGGAAUCUUAACAGGAUCAUGAGGCUUUGAGAUAACAGCAGUUUUAUUCUUCUUAAUAUGUAAGGUAAAGGCUCAAGUUGGCCUAGAAUAUUAUCACUUAGCCAAUGUGGAUAGCCAAGCACAUUGGGAUCUCCACAUCAAAGGCUGACAUUUCUACAGGUGUGAUAAUUCAUUGUACAUUUUCAUAAUUAGCCAACAUUGGUGAAAUUAAUUUUACAGGUUACACACAACAUUGAAAGACUUGUUAUAGAGGGCCAUGAUAUUUUUCAAAGUGUUUUUACUAGAUAAUUUUUUUAAUGGUGAUGUUUAUCAUUAAUAUAAAAAAUCCUCUUUAAAGUAAUUUAAUGAUUUACAUUUCUCUUCGUUUGAUUUGGUUUUCUUAUACAUUUUUCUACCCUAUAAGUUUUCUAUAGGUUUUCAUGAGAGAGAUAAUUUAGGAGUAAUUUAGGAGUCCAGUGACUGGAAUUGUAUGCAAUGAGAUAUCAGUGUGUGUUUUAAAAAAACAUGUCUGCUAGACAGUUGCUUUGUCUAUAAAAAGGACUGCAUUCUAGCAUGAAUCAUACUGAUCUGGAAGAAGAGUUGGCUUCUAGUCCAUACUUGACCAAAAAUUUGGUGUGACUGAGGAAUUUAGUUUUCCUCAUAUUUUUUGUUCAUUUUGAGCAGCGGUUCUCAAUGGAGGUCAGUUUUGCUCCCCAGGGGACAUUUGACAAUGUCAAGGAACAUUUUGGUUGUCAUAGCUUGGGAGUUUGGGGGGUGGUUGCUCUUGGUGUCUGGGGCAUGGAGGACAGGGAUGUUGCUAAAUAUCCUGCAGUGCACAGGACAGCCCUCUACAAUGAAGAGUUACCUGGUCCAAAAUGUCAGUUGUGCCAAGGUUGAGAAACGCAGAUGUAGGAAUGAUAAAUAUUGCUCUCUUUCACCCAAAGGGAUAUUUUGAACAAGUGAGACAUAGUAAGGAAUACAUUAUACUGUGGAAGUAUUUCAGAUAGCAUUAAUGUUCUGCUGAUUUAUUUUUCCCAAUUGUAUGCAGUCUAGAAAAAGGGGGGAAAAUCCAUUAAAUUGGCCUAUAAGAUAAGGACUAGUACACCAGUAAUUUGAUUCUCAGUAUGCAUAUUAGUUAUCUUUCAUAUCUCUUUGCACUGAUGAAGGCAUAAUAUGAUUAUACCUUAUGAACCAGUGCACAGCCUUUGCGGGCAAGGCGAUAGUUUGUAGUGGCUAGUGGUUGGUCUUUGGGUUUUUCUAGUGUUGAACAUGCUGUGCCGGGUCUAGCUAGAAUGCACAUUCCUUUUUCCUUGACUAAAUCCUUGUAUGCUUCCUACAAAGCACUUACCCAGCUGAUCUCUCUUGGAUAAUCUGACCUCAUUUAGUAUGUACAUGUUUUAGGGGGAAAAAAUUUUAAGAAACCUUUCAUUGAACAGUUAGUAUUCUGUUAGAAUUAUGGCACUAAAACAAAAUUGUUGUGAGAGCCCUUUGAGCUUUAUAGUCCUGGACAUCAAAACUGUUUUAAUCUUUUUUUUAUCUUACCUUUACCAUACAAUGGAAGUGUUUCAGUAAUGGAAGGAACAUUCAUAGAUAUGUGGCAGAAGUUCAGUAAGUGAGGAAGAGUCCAUGGGUUUCAGUCAUUGUCACUGCUCUUCUCAAAAAGAUUGUGUUACGCUAGUAGAAAACUAAAGAUGUCAUUAAAGACAUCACAGAUAUUUAUCUUUUGGCUUUGUGUACAUUAGAGAAUGUUGAUUAUUUUUAUACAAAAAUACAGCGGGUAAUUUUUUUAACCUUUAGAUGCCUCUUGUUUGAAUGUAUGCUUUGUGGGAUUCUUUUGUGUAGUAAUGUUUAAAAAGAAAAGAUGUUUACUGAUAGUUUUGUGUAGGAUUAGAAUAUGUAACAUAGUGUAAGGCUCAUGUUCCAGACCUACAGUAGCUUGUAGUCUAUGUCACAUAUUUCUUUAUAUCACAUUUUUAAUUAUUGGAUUAAAGUUUCAAGGAAAGGUAGGUACUCUACAGUCAGUUUUCAUUUAUUAGCAGUUAAUCAUUGUGACAGAGUUGUCAUAUGCUUGACUUUUCCAUUUAUCUUGCAAUUUCAGAACACAAGUAUAAGCUAAGCAUUAGUAGGAGAUGGUCCACAGUAUGGGGGCUGAGGGACACAGAAAAAUCCCCCCUGGAAUUAAAACUUUAUCGUAGGGAAUCCACAAACAGUUCAUACAAAACUGAUUCUUUCAGGAUUCACUCCCCUAGCAAUAAUGAUUACCUCCCAUAAUUAUAUUUUCCGUAGCCUUUAAGGUAUUAACUUGGACCUGUGUUACAGGGUCUCUUGUUUACUCCCUCUUCUGCUGUCAGUCACUGUGUACUUACUGAAAGCCCCUGUGCCUAGCACUGUGCUAAGUAUCCAAGAAAGCUUACAAGAAGGGUUUCCAUUUGAGAGCACCUUAUAAUCCUAAAUCUUAUAAUAGUCUGAAGAAUAGUCCAGAUCUUUGGUUGUCCCCUCUCAAAACAUACCCAGAAAAUACACUUGCUUUUUUCAAGAGUUAUUUUAUUUAGAAAUGGCUCAUUUACUUUUCACUAGUAGUUUUCCUGUUGAUGUAGCUGUUUCCUUCUGGAUGAUUUAACCAUCUGAAUUUCAAAUUUUCAGUUAUUUAUAAUGGAUAGUAUAAUAAGACAGUAACACUGGGUGUCCACGUCUCUCUGACCUUUUUUUUUUUAAAUGGAGGUACUGGGAAUUGAACCCAGGACCUCAUGCAUGCUAAGCAUGUGCUCUACCACCGAGCAAUUCACCCCGCCCCCUAGCUUUAAGCACAGAUUUAGCAUGAAUUAAGUUGGGAGAGUGCUAUUAUUUUUAUUUUCCUUCAUAUUAUUAGUUGUUACAGGAUUUUGAUUGAGGAGAGGGAAUGACAAGCAGAAAGAGGACAUGGGAAGUUCUUUUUACUUUUGCUACUACCUAAGUUUGCAUUUCUGACUUCUUUAUACUGAUGCACUCUUUUCUCAUCGAGGAAGAAAAUCCCUACAAGUUUGAAAUUUUAUUUACUUUAAGUCAUGUGUUCCUAAGAAAGUAAACAGAACAGUUGAUUUGUAAAAGUUGUUUCUUAAAUGACAUGCAUUUUCAUCCAACCUCCGGUAGGCCUGUGUUUGAUGCAGCUCUGCAGCUUUGAAUGUAAUCAGUAUGAGAGCGCUGUCCCCAAACCUGUCACUUUUUAAGUGGCUGGUAAUUUCUCCAUGAUGGUACUUUUAAUUUGCUGGGGCUUUUUUUUUAAGUCCCAGUUUAAGGGUCGUCUCCUCAGAGUAGAGAACUUGGAAUGGGAGGAAAGAAAUAUUAGUGAAGAAGCUUUAGAAUAGGGGAGAGGGAGACAAGAGACCUGCCACUUUGUUAGUUUAUCCCACUGCAACACUGAACAAAUUUCUGCACUUUUGAAGUUAAUAUUCAUGUUCUACCUAGUUUUAAAUAGAAAUUAUUUUUUUUGGUAGCCCACUUUUUUUUGUUUCCUGGUGUGUUGAAACACUUAUGAAAUAAGUAUUGUUGUACCCAUGCCUUUGAAUAAUUUUCAGCAUAGCUAAUCUUCCUGUAUCUAGUGUGAUAUUCUAGUCAGACAUUUAUUCAAAUAACUAGUCUUAUAUUAAGAUCUGGCCUAGUGCCCCAUGUCACUGCCUUGUUCAGUUAAAUGUUAUAAAGCGCCAUUUAUGUUUGCAGGGUUUUGGUACCGCCAUGGCACAAGUAUGGUAGGGAGGCAAGGUACAGAUUGUAUAGUCUUAGGCUGCGUUUACAUGUGUGUAAACCGUCUUGGAAAGAGUAAACGGUCACAGGUGUGUGUGAACGACGCUAGCCUCACAGCCAUGUCAAGUGGGGGAAAUCCCUGGCCGGACAAACUGUUAAAACAUUUCAAAGGUGUAUUUUUCAACCAGAACAGUCUGGUUAUGUUUUGUGGUUUGAAGAUCCUCACCCUUAGUGAAUGGCAAGAAUUCAUGCUGCCUUUGUGCAACGGGCAUUGAACAUUAUUGCCUGAUAGCAUGAAAGGGCUUCACUCCCCCCUACCUCUUCUAGACCCAAGGAAACUGAAAACUUCCUCCUUAGAGAGACCUUUGCCUGAAAAUCCCUACAGAGGACUUUGUAGUGGGGAUAAUUUUAGGGACAUAACUGUUGCAAAACUUUCUAAUACCUAAUAGCCAUGUUUCCGUGAACCCUCUGGGCAGUGGAAACUGGCCAUUUAUGUACAGUGUUGCUCAGUCUGUUUCCUGUGCACAACGUGAAACUAUAACUGGGCCUUCAGGAAGGUUUUCUAGAGGAAAGGACAGGGAAGUGAAGGAAGAGACAGGAGGAAAAGCAUUCUAGACCCAAGAGGAUAAUACGGUUAACUGAGUGAGGCUGUGUAGUAUAGAUGUGGCCAUCAGCAGUGCUAAACAGUAAACUGUAAUGGUUGGCUCCCAGUUACAGCAGUAAACGGGGUAUGUUUUUUCUAAAUGUCAAGAUUUACCUGUAAUCAGACUCAUUCGUUCACUCUCUUUAUGAAGUGAUCCUGCCCUUAGAAGCAUAUUAAUAGCCCUAAUGAUAUAUAAAUUGGUGAUUUUUGACUUCUGAAAAAGGUGACACCUAUUACAGUUGGAGAAUAUUUAUCAAAAACUCAAUAAUUGAGUUAUCAGAAUUAUAGAGAUAAUCCCUUUUCAGAUACUACAGUUGAAUCAACCAUGUGGACUGUUAACAAAGAAAGGCAUUUUAAAAGAUUUUUUUAGAUAGUAUUUUGUUGGGUUGUGUCUCAGUCUAAGAAUUGGAUGACUAAGAGCUGUGGAGUUGUUUCUUUGUGUGGAUUUCAGUAAACACAAGCCUACCUCUAUUUCUUUGAUGCACAGUAGUGUGGAACAUGAAAUGAACUAUUUAAUCUGCAUUCAUCAAAAUUGGUAUUUUCUGAAUCUAGAGCAUUUGAUUUCGUCUUAACAAUUGUGAUUCAAUUAAAUAAGCACAAGUACAGUACUAGGGAAAAUAAAUAUGCAAUCUGACUAAAAUUUAAUUUCAACCUAUUAUAAGCUGUACAUCUUUUAACAAAUUCUUUGGGGAGGAUAUUCCUCUUGUUAGAAGCAUAAAAUGUAUCAUUAUAUAGUUUCCCUCAUAGCACUAAUAUAAGCCAUUUCUUCAAUAAAAAGUUGAAAAUUAUAUUAUCUUCUUUGGGAAAAGUUUCCUAAAUUUUUAAGAAUUUUAAAGUUUUACGUAUUAUUUUUCAGAGCUUAUUUACUCUAUUUUAAAAUAAUACUAUGGGAAAGCUUUUUUUGAAAGUUGUAAAGCACUAAUACAGAUAUAAUUAUUACCAUCAUACUCCAAAGCAAAACAUCUGGCUUUUUCUGACUUUCACUUUAGUGCACAUAUAUGGAAAGGGAGACCUGCCCUCCUUUUCAGAUCUGAAGCCCAACUUUUCUUAUGAAAACUCUCCCCUUCAACUCUUAACACAGGCACACACAUCUCUUAAGCGCCAUGUUUAUGGAAGCUUUUGGGAAAUGUUUUCUACAAAUGUUUCAUUUUUUUCCCUUUUUAUAACUUGUGAACAUUUAAUUUUACUUAAAGAUGACAAUUUCAACCUCCAACAUUAGAGAAGAGGUACAUUCAAAAAGUAUUUUUUUCUACUGCCUUUGAAAAGUACAGUUGCUCUCAGUGAUACUGGUGGCAUCAGUAUGAAUCCACAGAAAGAAAACCUGUGUAAAGGUUUUUAAGUGUAUUGUUUAAAAGAAGUAAUGAUUAAAGAAAGUAAUGAGUGAAUUUUAAUUUGGAAAAAGGAAAUCAAUAUAAAUUUUAAACACUCUUAUGUCAACAUGGUAUAGUUUUAAAUGUGAGAGUAACGAAGUAAGUCCUUUUAGACCACCUACUUAAAUUGACUCCAGUAAUCUUAAGCAUUGAUAGUAGCCAUCGUUUAUUGACUUAAAGGUUGUACUUCAGGGACUGUUAUCAGUGUUAAAUCCUUGAUUUUGUGGAGCUUUAAUGAUGGAGAUGAAAAAGUUGGUGUUUAUAAGACUGUGGUGGGGAAUGGUAGUGAAAUGAACAUCAACCUAUUUUAGAAAGAAGGAACUUUUUUAGUCUUGCCUCAAGCAAACCAAGUGUCCUUUGCUUAAAAUCUUUGUUUAGAAUGCUUAUGUUAAAGUCAUAAUUUUGUUUUAGAUAAUACUAAAUAACCUACUUCAAUAAUAAAUAAUAGAUGAAUAUAAUCAUUAAGUUAACAUGGUAAAUGAAGGUAAAACACCGGCUGGGGGAACGAGGGUUUUACCUCCCGUUGGUAAGUUAGCUGUGGUGACGCCUCAAGUGGCUACUUCGCUUGUGGCUCGUCUCCUCUUCUAAUCAUACAGAAUGGAGCCGGUACUGCACACAGUGUGGAUUUUGUUUAAAUCAUUUUUAAGCUAUAUAAAGCUAUGAUUCUAGGCCACAUAAUGGCAUACUUUUUAGUUUCUCCUACUUAAUUCCCUUUUAUCUUAGUUCUCUUAAUUUCCUUUUUUAAUGGUUCAUUUCACACUUACAAGCUUUUGCUAAAAGGUGAUUAUUGAACAUUCAUUUCCUGGUUCACCCCAGUCCUUUGUUCUCCUAAGGAUUAAGGUAGAAAAUUCAUACAGGUGAGCAGAUGAGGACAUUUUUCUAAGUGCUUCUUGUUAAACCACUGAACAUAUGAACACAUCUGAACAUUGUCAUUCAUGCAUUUAUCCAUUCAUUUAGGAAACCAUUUGAACACUUACUAUGCAGUGUGUGGUAUACCUGACUUAAUGAACUAGUAAUAAGUAAACAAUAUCACCCCCGCCCCAUUUUUUAUUGUGACGUAAACAAACAUGUAAAUAAUUAUUACUUAAUGUACUGAAUGUAAAGUUGGAACUGAGAGGGAAUUUUUAUGCACUGGGUGAAAGAUUAGGCUACAUGACAUCUAGGGGGUCUGAGUGAAUCAUUACAGUUCUCACAGCAUGCUUCACAUAAUCGAUUAACCAUAUACCUGAUUAGGUUACAGAAUUAAAAGUACCUCACAUUAGGAUUUACAUUUUGAAACUGUUGUGACAGCCCAUAUUGCUCAGAAUUAUUUUGACACUUGACUCUGUUCCAGAGGUGUUGCUAUGCAGGGUGUGACAGAACAAAACAAAGCUGGUGCUGACUCACUGUACACUUUGAACUACGAAAGCUUUACACCCAGUAUUGACAGUGCAGUAACUUUUUGAAAACUUCAAGUCUCAAAGGAGCUCACUGAACAGGUUUGGUUUUUAUUGUUUGUUUCUUUUCAAAGCAAGAAAGAUUACAUAAAAUUUUAGUAGUAUUACAAAUAAUACACUUUUUAGAAAGCACACACGUAUUACAUAGUUAAAGGGUUUCCUUUAACAUGCAGAACUGGUAAACAAAAUAGUUCCAUGCUUGGAGCUUGAAACUGACAAGUUUUGGGGAGUAAACAGAACGGGAGAAUUGAUUGGGUAGAAGCUCCCUGGCUGCCCAGGGAUUCUAUGAAUUACACUGUAAUUCCUAUUGACACAACUUUAUAUAUUAACAUCCACUUGAUACUAACAUUCUCCAUAAAGACACAAAAUGAAAAUAUAUUAAAAAGAUCUUUUAUGCAUCACAGUGACAGCUUUUUAAAGCAGGAAAGUGUUAGAUUAGAAUCUAUAAUAAACUGUAAAGAGAAACACUAACAUACAAGUAACCAGAUAGUCUGGGUUUAAAAAAAUUUUUCCAUGGUACUGGCUAAUACUUUUAAAAUAUUUUAAUUUACCUAGUUUUUCAAAUAUUUUAUGCUGUUAAAAUAUCUAUUACAUACCUUUUGUAUGUGUAUUCUUAAAGUUUAAAAAAAUCAGUGGGAGUGUGCAUAGAUAGUAUAAUUUUGGACAUCUAAUAUCCAACACAUUUAACUAGAUUCCCGUCUCAUUCAAAAGCGUGGUGUUUUUGUUAUUCCCAUAGGAAAAAAAAAAAAAAAACAA